CAAGUUCAAUUGACAUCUUUCUCUUACUUCUUCUAGCUCUGUUUCAAUUGAACCAUGUCUCCUGCUCACACUCCCAAAGACUCGCUCAAGACUACUCUUUGCUUCUCCAUCACUGACAAGGUCGGUGCAUUGGAUGACUGCCUUUCUGCCAUCAAAUCCAUGGAAAUCUCGUUGACCCGCAUUGAAUCCCGUCCGAGCAAGACCAAGGAUUGGGAUUAUGAUUUCUUUGUGGAUUUCGAUGCCGUGGAUGCUAAGCAAGUGCAAAACGUGGUCGAGUCGCUUCGCAAGCAUACAAAGGAAGUGUGUGUGAUUGGGUCGGAUUCCAAGGGAGGUAAGUGUCUUUUUUUGUUGAGGAAGCACCAAAAACGAAUUAGACACGUUGUUGACCAUUGUGAGAAAAAUUUCAAAGAUAGCGUACCUUGGUUCCCACGCAAAUUGACAGAUCUGGAUACAUUUGCAGAGAAGGUCCUGGAAAUGGGCGAAGAACUCAGUUCGGAUCAUCCUGGUGCGCAUGAUCCGGUCUACCGUGCUCGUCGUGCGGAAAUCACCCGGAUUGCCAAAACCUACCGCACCGGACAAACGGUCCCAGAAGUCGACUACACGGAAGAGGAGAAUGAGACGUGGGGUAAAGUGUAUCGCCACUUGACCUCCAUGUACCCUACGCAUGCUUGCCGUGAACACCAGUACGUUUUCCCUUUGCUGGUACAAAACUGUGGUUACAGUGACAAGCGAAUUCCGCAACUCGAACACAUCUCUCGUUUCCUCAAAGACUGCACCGGGUUCACUUUGCGUCCAGUCAUGGGGCUGCUGUCCAGCAGAGACUUUCUAAAUGCAUUUGCUUUCCGUGUCUUCUAUUCUACCCAGUACAUCCGUCAUUCUUCCAAACCCUUCUACACACCCGAGCCUGACUGCUGUCACGAGUUACUAGGCCAUGUUCCUCUGUUUGCCGAUCCUGACUUUGCCGAUUUCUCACAGGAAAUUGGUUUGGCAUCACUGGGGGCUUCCGAUGAAGAUAUUGAAAAACUGGCCACCAUUUUUUGGUUCACGGUAGAAUUCGGAUUAUGUCGACAGGAUGGUGAGCUCAGAGCCUACGGUGCGGGUUUGCUGAGUUCGUUUGGUGAACUCGAAUACUGUUUGUCCGACAAACCCGAAUUACGACCCUUUGAUCCUUCCAAAACCGCCCUUCAGAAAUACCCUAUUACCGAAUUCCAACCUGUGUACUUUGUUGCCGAAUCAUUUAAAGACGCGCAAGAAAAGGUGCGUGAAUUCGCCGCCAACAUGAAUCGCCCUUUCUCGGUCCGCUACAAUGCAUUGACCCAAACCAUUGAAGUACUGGAUAACAAGAUUCUACGAUUUGCAAAGAACAUUCGUGACGAUAUGAAAACAUUGACUGAUGUGUUGGCCUCGUUAUCUUGAGUGUCACAUUCACAUUACAACGGCGCAGUCUAGUAUCGUGCAACCUGAACUUAGAAUAAAUAAAAAACAUUGUCAUGCUCGAUGAUUAAGAUGUUGAUUAGGGUAUGAAGGAAGAAUAUACAUGAUGGAAUUUUUUGGUAGC